UUCCGUAGAGGAACAGAUUAGUAUUAAUUAAUUUCUAUAUAUAUAUUUGAAUAGGUAUUUUUUGUACGUACAAAGCAACACAAUUAAGAAAGAAUACAUUUUUCGUGUUAUGUGGCGGCAUCUUUUGAGAUGACAACUAACAAGAUCCCAAAGCCCUGUCACGCCACCUAGUGAAGUAAAACACAACUUCGCCUGCGAUUUACGCUAGUGCACGCCGUCGUUGCACUCCGUUUAAAUCAAUCAUAAUUUCGAGUUCCUCGCUGCAGAGUUAAGUGCAAACCAGACAAGAAAGUGACUUUCUACCCAGUGCGUCUAUGGAGUGUAUGUAGCUGUCGAAAGAGCACAGGAUUAUCCAAAUUAGCCAAAAUCAUCACGUGGCCAUCAUCAACAGGAGCUGCUGGAUCACGUAAGUUGUAAAUGCUCAAAUCCGCCGCUACAUAUAUUAUUUUGAUCCGUUCGAUCCGGAUCUUUCUUUCUCUGGUUGUGUUGCUCUUGUAAUUUGCGGUAUUACGUACCCAAUUUUUCAUUUAGACACGUGUAUAGUUCAAAUUAGUAUUGCCAUUUCCGCCAUCUUUGCUUCGCAAAAUGGCCCCAAACCCUACAGACGGCAAUGCUGAAGCCGACAUAUCGUGUAUUACACAAGACAUAUUCGAGCGAGAUUUAAUUCUCGACGAAUUAAAGAGAACAUUACAGUUCGCAGCGACAAAUACAGAUCAAUUUCGUUCAAGAACUACAGAUUUAACAGUGCAUCAGCGAAAGUUUACAAAGAUUCAAACUAAAAUCGAAAAAGCGUUAAUCAAAUCGAAAAACUUCAAUAAAGAAGCCAAUAUUAAGAUUCGUAACGAUUUUAAUGACUUGUAUUACGCGAUAGUUACACAUUUACAUAACCUAAAGGAGGUAGACGUGGAAAAACGUCGCGCGAGCCGCGCUUUUACCCCCAACGACACUUUGAUAAGUGAUCGUCGAAAUUUACCUAAACUAUCACUUCCAGAAUAUCACGGCGAACCGACUGGCUGGCCUGCCUUUUUCGAUUUAUUUCAAUCGCUAGUACAUAAUAACAAUGCCUACUCGGAUGCGGAAAAGUUUAGGUACUUGCUCCUUUCAGUCAAAAACGAACCACAUAAUUUAAUUAAAUCAAUUCCCAUAACGGAAAGUAAUUAUUCAAUUGCGCUCGAUAUUCUAAAAUCCCGUUAUGACAAUAAACGUAUUAUUGCAACACAGCAUCUGGACAGGCUGUUUAACCUUGAAUCGUGUUCCGAACGGUCAGCUGCUACCAUGCGGAAUUUACUUAAUGUUUAUCAUGAAAACAUUAAGGCGCUUGAAGUCAUGGAGUUUCCGGUUAAAGAAUGGGAUUUCGUUCUGUUAAAUUUAUUAUUACGUAAAAUUCCCGUAAAUACGCGAAAAGAAUAUGAACGUUGCUUAACCAACCCGGGCGAAAUACCUAAAGUACAAAGCUUAAUUAUGUUUUUAGAACGCGAACUUUCGGCGGAACAGAUGAUUUCAGUUUCAAAUCCACAGUCCACUAAAAACUGUUCAUCAUUGGGCAUCAAAAGCAAGAUAAACAUAAAUUCUGCUCAAUCGCACAAACGAGUUUUGUUGGCAAGUGCGGCGCCAACCCAAAGUCGACCUUAUGACGAGGCGAAUAAGGUUCGAUCUUGCUUGAAGUGUAAAGGACUUCACUCAAUUAAUAAAUGUGUUGAAUUUUUAGACUUAUCAGCGAAAGAGAGAUUUGCAUUUGUUCAAACAAAUAACAUGUGUUACAAUUGUUUAUGCCCCGGGCACGACUUAAGGAAUUGUAAAUCGAGUUUUAAGUGCCGUAAAUGCAAUAAAAGGCACCAUACGUUAAUUCAUUUAGAAUCAUACAUUCCGCGAUCGGUUAUAAGCGAAGCUGCGGAAUCUGCUGCUGUCUCGCUCGCUCUUACAGAACAGCCCGGCACUAGCACUAGUACUACUCAUAACCCGUCUGCAGUUCACGGCGUGAACGAACAAAGUGUAGGUAGUUUAGGAAAACGACCUAACACGGUUUUACUCUCAACAGCGUUGGUUGACCUUCAUUACGAAGGGAAUAAAAUUGCUACAAUUCGCUGUAUGUUAGACGGGGGUUCUCAGGCGACUCUUAUAACGGAAGCGUGUAUGCAACGCCUUCAUUUACCGCGACAACACGUGAGGGAGCCGUUAGUAGGUGUAGGCGACAUACAGCUCGAAACUAGAGGUACAUUCGUGUGCUCAAUUUCGCCUAAGGGCAAACAAAGUCCAAGUAUUCCGUUAGAGGCUACUAUUUUAGCGAAGUUAACCCGUCCAAUGCCUAGUGUACUACUAGCACCUCUCGCUGAAUGGCCUCAUUUGCAGGGACUCGCUCUGGCCGACCCUGAAUUUCAUAAACCUCAGCCCGUUGAUAUGAUACUCGGCGAGGACAUCCUUAUGGAUAUUAUUCGCGAUGGCAUUGUCAGGGGCAAACCUGGCACGCCCACCGCAAUUAACAGUGUAUUUGGUUAUUUGCUAGGAGGUAAAGUAAAUUUUACUCCUAAUGUUUCGACUCCACGCCAUACUUGUUUUACGUCGUUCGACAACGACAAUCUGCAGAAGUUUUGGGAGCUGGAGUCAGUACCAGAGAUGCGGAGUUACACUCCCGAAGAAAAGCUAUGCGAAUCCUUUUUUCAAAAGACGCAUACGCGCGAUGAAACAGGGCGAUACGUGGUCGCUCUGCCAUUCAAGCCCGAUGCACCGCCGCUCGGUGAGUCUCGGCAAAUUGCCCUAGCACGAUUUCAUAAAUUAGAAUAUCGUCUAGAACGUAACCCCCAGUUGAAGGCGGAUUAUCAUGCUUGCCUCCAGGAGUACGUGGAUCUCAACCACAUGGAGCUCGCGGACGAUGAACCCCCUGCUGGUGCGAGUUACUACCUACCCCACCAUUGUGUGUCAAAAAUUUCCGAAACCACACGCACACGCGUAGUGUACGACGCUGGUUGUCGCACAACGAGUGGUCACUCGUUGAAUGACGCCUUGUUAACGGGUCCUAAGUUACAUUUAGACAUUGUUGACGUUCUUCUAAAAUUCCGAGUGCAUAACAUUGCAUUUUGUUCCGACAUCAAACAGAUGUAUCGCAAUAUUCUGGUGCGUGAAAUUGAUAGGGACUUUCAGCGCAUCCUUUGGCGCCAAUCGCCCGAGGAGCCUUUACGCGAUUAUAGACUUCGUACCGUUACAUUCGGUGUAAGCAGUUCCCCUUAUCUCGCCUUACGCACGAUCAAACAGUUGGCGUACGACGAGGCUAAGCAUUUCCCGCUCGCCUCACCAGUCCUACUAAAUGACGUUUUCGUCGACGACGUGGUAACCGGUGCUGAUACCACAGUUGAGGCCCUCGCUCUGCAGCAGGAGCUGAUAGGUAUUUGUGCCACGGCCGGGUUCGAAUUACGUAAAUGGCAAAGUAACUCGCCAGCGAUUCUCGCUACUAUGCGACCGCCAGAUUUUCACGGUGAGCGGCGCGAAAAUGUUCAUUUUGCCGAAAUGGAAAAUGACAAAGGGGUCAAAGUCCUUGGACUUCAAUGGAAUCCGGGACCCGACUCAUUUAGCUUCAAGGUACAAAGUACUUCUAAAGCCUGUACAAAGCGGGCAAUUCUCUCGGAAAUUGCAAAAAUUUACGACCCACUCGGGUUAUUAUCUCCGGUGACAUUGUUUGCCAAACAUUUAAUUCAAUUGCUAUGGUUAGCAAAAGUUCCUUGGGACUCGGAACCACCUAUCGAUAUAAUUAACUCAUGGACGAGUUUUGUUAACGAGCUACCACUCUUAUCGCAAAUUUCAUUUCCUCGUCAUAUUUUUAAUACUGACGACUUCGAUUCAAUCGAAAUUCACGGAUUUGCAGAUGCAAGUCAAAUUGCGUAUGCCGCAUGUGUUUAUAUACGUCUUACGGACAAUACCGGUAAGGUUCAAACUUAUUUAGUCAUAGCUCGAACCCGCGUAGCUCCACUUCGGCUUUGCCUCACUAUCCCGAAGAUGGAAUUAAUGGGAUGUGUGAUUCUGUCAAAAUUGAUAGAACGAGUAAUGCAUAUUUACGGUGAUCGUAUUCGCCCCAAUCAAGUAUACGCGUGGUCAGAUAGUUCCGUCGCGCUCGCGUGGCUUAAGUCACCCCCACACGAAUGGAAAACGUUUGUUUCUAAUCGCACCAGUGAGAUCUUGUCCCGUGUCCCGGCGAGCUGUUGGCGUCACGUCCCGUCAGCCGACAACAGCGCUGAUCCGGCGUCCCGCGGUUUGCUGCCCGCCGCACUCGUGCAAAGUGACUUAUGGCUCCAUGGUCCUAUAUGGCUUCAACAAGGCCACGACUCCUGGCCUAUACAAAAACCGGUAGUCAAUACAACGGAGGAAAAACGUAAUAAAACUAAAUCAUCCAAUGUUAAUUGUGCAUGUGUUUCCACAUUGCCUACCUCCCUGGACGAUGACACCCUUAUUACGCGAUUUUCAUCGCUAGGUAAAUUAGUUCGCGUCACGGCAUUAAUAUUUCGUUUCUAUAAUAGAUGUAGAAAACAUAAACAAACGUUCCCUGAAUACAUCACCGUACCAGAGUACCAGUUUGCAUUAAAGCGACUUAUAUUGAUUACGCAACAAAAAAUGUUCGAAGACGAUAUUAAAAAUAUUUCGUCAAAUAAAUCCCCUUCCUUACGUUUGCGGCGUCUCGCGCCUAUUCUAGAUAGUGAGGGAUUAUUACGAGUCGGCGGACGUAUUCACAAAUCAUUUUUACCUUAUGAGUCCAAACAUCAAUUGAUUUUACCUAAACGACAUCAUCUUACAAAUCUUAUUAUUGACGAUGCUCAUAAAAAUGAAUUGCAUGCCGGUCCGCAGUGCGUCCAAACCUCGCUUUUACAGCGAUAUUGGAUUAUUUCAGGUCGCGAUAUUGUGCGUCUACGCGUACAUCGUUGUAUCCCAUGUUUCAGGGCUCGGCCGAGUCACGGCCAACCUCGCAUGGGUAUGCUUCCCGCGGUUCGCUUACGCCCCGCACGCGUAUUUAGUAAAACUGCAUGUGAUUUUUGCGGACCAUUCUACGUUCGCGCUAAUAAAGUUCGUAAUGCAAAAAUAAUAAAAUGUUAUGUUGCCGUUUUCGUAUGUAUGAGCGUUAAGGCUGUACAUCUCGAGUUAGUUUCAGAACUUUCCACAGAAGGUUUUUUAGCCGCGUUGCGUCGUUUCACGUCCCGCCGAGGAUAUUGUACAGAUAUAUAUACCGAUUGCGGACGUAACUUUGUUGGUUGUAAUAAUUACCUUAAAGAAUUAUAUGCAAUCUUGCGUAACGAUUCCGUCAUGAGCGCUCUCAAUCAACAAACCUUAAAACAAGGAUUAACUUGGCAUUUUCAGCCACCGUAUGCUAGCCAUUUCGGUGGGCUAUUCGAAGCGGCUGUUAAGAGUUUUAAAACCCAUUUACAUCGCGUAAUAGGUACACAGACGCAAACAUAUGAUUCUAUGCAUACGCUGACCUGUCAAAUUGAAGCGGUACUUAACAGUCGUCCGCUCUGCGUGCUAAGUUCAGACUCUUCUGACCCCUUGCCCCUUACGCCAGCUCACUUUUUAAUCGGAGAGCCCUUAACGGCCCUACCGGACGUUUCUUUGAUCGGUGAAAACCCUAGUCGUCUUACGCGUUGGCGUUGGGUACAGCAGGCUUUACAGCAUUUCUGGCGUCGAUGGAGUCGUGAGUAUCUCCAUCAACUGCAACAGAGUACAAAGUGGCUUCAAGAUCGCGGUCCCGCCAUCCGUGAAGGCACUGUUGUUGUGGUAUGCGAAGACCACUUGCCACCGUUACAGUGGAGACUCGCGCGCGUUCAUGCUGUCCAUCCGGGCACUGAUCAAGUUAUUCGUGUCGUAACUUUAAAGAGUGGGAAUACAUUGUUCAAGCGACCCGUAGUUAAGGUCUGUCCCUUACCUUUAGAAUAAUUCCUACAAUCGUUACGAUUCUUAAUGUUAGCAUUUAAGUUAGGCAUAAGUUUCAUAUCUUGUUAAACUUUCGCACGUUCCUUUAAAAGUCACUACGUGCUUUUAAGGUGAGCGGCAUGUUCCGUAGAGGAACAGAUUAGUAUUAAUUAAUUUCUAUAUAUAUAUUUGAAUAGGUAUUUUUUGUACGUACAAAGCAACACAAUUAAGAAAGAAUACAUUUUUCGUGUUAUGUGGCGGCAUCUUUUGAGAUGACAACUAACAAGAUCCCAAAGCCCUGUCACGCCACCUAGUGAAGUAAAACACAACUUCGCCUGCGAUUUACGCUAGUGCACGCCGUCGUUGCACUCCGUUUAAAUCAAUCAUAAUUUCGAGUUCCUCGCUGCAGAGUUAAGUGCAAACCAGACAAGAAAGUGACUUUCUACCCAGUGCGUCUAUGGAGUGUAUGUAGCUGUCGAAAGAGCACAGGAUUAUCCAAAUUAGCCAAAAUCAUCACGUGGCCAUCAUCAACAGGAGCUGCUGGAUCACGUAAGUUG